AUGGCCGACUCUCUUCUCAAUCAUUCUUGGCCAUCCUUCUCCAGGAGGUGGAUGAAGAGAUGGUCGUUCAAGCGAGGGUCAGACUGCAAGCGAAGCGCAGGAGAUUUCCCCAGCAAUCGCGCUGCCUCCACCUCAGGGUGUAACAGCCCCAACACUUUGUCCCCAUCCUUGAUUGCUGAGGAUGAGGUCUUCUUUGGCAGCAUGGCAGAGGAGAGGGAUAGUGACAACAGUGGGAAGCGGCUGAGGUCCACCCCUGUCUCAUGUUCCUGUAAUGGUAAUGUCCCCUCUCAACAUGUAUCCCAAAGCCUGGAUGUCCCACUUCCAAUCUCACUGGGGAUUGCGCCGCCUGUGUUGGAUAUGAUUCAAAAGGACCAUGUAGCCCCAGAACAAGUGUUAAUGGUUCAGGAGGUGCUGAAGGAGCUAGCACAGUAUCAUAGUGCUAAACAGGUGUUGUACUCACCUGAAGGUAAACGUGAAACCCAGCAAAACCUGACCUGGUUUGAAUUCCUGUCUAAUGAAUAUGAGGAGAGUCCAAAGAAUGACAAAACUGAAAAGGUGGCUAAGGUGAAGCGGCGGCUGAGCAAUCUGCGCAACCGCGUCACUGGCUCAUGGCAGAAGGAGAAGGGUAAGAAUAAAGAUCGGGAGAAAGAGGCUAUGGAGUCAAAGGAACGAACACAGGCACUGCAUGGGCAUGAACUAGCACUAGGCGCCUUCUCUAAUGGCACCUGUUGUUCUCUCUGUGGCAAAAUCCUGCUGAACAAAACAGGGCUACAGUGCCUGAAUUGUGCAGUAAAUGUUCACAAAAACUGCAAGAAUCUUUUGCCUGAAUGCAGCAGCAGCAGAUCCAAGCAAAGGGAUUUGCAACUCCGGCCCCCAGGCUCCCCCCCUAGUUUACUCCAGAGUGCCUGCCGAGCUACCUCGCUCAAAGAGCACUCCUGCAGGGCCCUCUUGGGCCCGGAUGGCAGAACCCCUGGCUUGCCCCAGAACCUCGGCAUGACAAUUGUGCAGAGGGGAAGUUUGCCAUCUCAGCUAAGCACCACCUCUGCUGGGGCUGUUGGUAAGCUCGGACUCACUGGGGGAGAGAUGGAUGAAGGGGAUUCUGGCUUCAUGAAACUUAAACCAGCCUCUGAAGAUGUUGUCUCACUGGCACCAUCAACCGCAGAAUCAGUUUUUGUGGAAGAUGUUCAGUUUGCCUCCUUGAGGAUUGAAUUGGAGACAGAUGCUCGGGAGUUUGCUGCUCAGUCUUGGAGUCUGGCAGUAGACCAGUCAUUCGUGAAGCAGCAGGAGCGGGAUGUUAUUAAAAGGCAGGAUGUCAUAUAUGAGUUGAUGAGGACAGAGAUGCACCAUGUCCGGACUCUGAAGAUUAUGUUGAAGGUCUAUUCCCAAGCCAUGCGAGAGGAGCUGCAGUUCAGCAAUUCUGAUAUCCAUCACCUUUUCCCGUGCGUGGAUGAAUUACUGGAGCUCCACAGAGCCUUCCUCUUCCAGCUAAAGGAACGUCGGAAGAAUUCUUUGGAAGAAGGUAGCGAAUGCAACUAUAUCAUCCAGAACAUUGGGGAUCUCCUGGUGGAGCAGUUUUCAGGAAAAAAAGGAGAUAAUUUGAAGACGAAAUAUGGCAUUUACUGUAGUAGUCACAGUGAUGCUGUGGGCUACUAUAAAGAGCUGAUGCAGCAAAGCAAGAAGUUCCAAAACUUGAUUAAGAAAAUCAGCAAUUCUUCCAUUGUGAGACGGCUUGGUGUCCAAGAGUGCAAUCUUUUAGUUACCCAGCGCAUCAUGAAGUAUCCUGUCUUGGUGGAGCGCAUCAUUCAGAACACAGAAGUCACCACAAAAGAGUAUGAAGACCUGACCAAGGCAUUGUCGCUUAUCAAGGAGGCCAUCACAGCUGUUGACACCAAGGUGAAUGAGUCUGAGAAACAACAGCGCCUCCGGGAAAUUGUAACCAGGAUGGAACUCAAGUCUUCUGGGAAGUUUAAGAAUGGCCUUAUCUUCCGGAAGGAGGAUAUGCUUCAGCGGCGCCUCCUACUGGAUGGGAUGCUGUACUGGAAAGCUGCUUCUGGGCGCCUAAAAGAUAUUUUGGCUGUUCUGCUGACAGAUGUGCUUUUGCUACUGCAAGAAAAAGACCAGAAAUACAUGUUUGCAUCUUUGCAGGACUCAAAACCGCCAGUGAUUUCCUUGCAAAAACUGAUAGUCCGAGAAGUAGCCAAUGAGGAACGAGCCAUGUUUUUAAUCAUUGCUUCCAAGAAAGGACCAGAAAUGUAUGAAAUUCAUACCAAUUCCAAGGAGGAAAGGAAUAUCUGGAUGACGCAAAUUCGCAGGGCAGUGGAAAAUUGUCCUGAUGAAGAGAAUAGUGUCCUUGCCGAUCCAGAAGAGGAAAAAAAGCAGGCUGAAGUGAGAACUGCAAAAUUGAAAGAAUUCCAAGAGCGUUUGAGCAUGAAAGAUGAUCGGAUCGUGCAAAGCCUAAAGGAGAAGCAGCAGAUCUACCGGGAGAUGGCAGAUGUGAAUGGUUUGGAGGACCUGACUAUUGGCCCCCGCUUCCGCAACAGAGUGGAUUCCCCAGAGUACCUGCAGGGGGAGUCCAUCCUCAAGCAGGCAGUGAUAGAAGUGGAGAGCCUUCAGAACCUGAUCUUCGCCCAGCUGGCCAGUGCAAGCUCUCGUCCUGAAGAUCCCAGUGGGCCUGGGUCGCUGAGGCGAGCUGAGACUUUCGGAGGAUACGACAGUGCCAUGACAGCUGGUAGCUUCAAGAAGAAAGUCUGUGGCGGAGAGCCAAGGGUGCCAGAUCAGCGAGGCACCCCAGCCAAUUCAGAGCAAGUGCAACAAGAACUCCCAUCUGCUGGAGAGGAAGGGCUGUGUUUGGUCAGUAACACAAGAAUGGAGCAUCACAGCAGCUUGCACCCACUGCUGGGGACUGAAUCAGAGCUUGUUCGGAGAAUUCAAACACUCUUGCAAUUGCUGCUUAGUCUCCAGGCAGUGGCGGCCCAGCAAGAUAGCUACAUUGAGUUGCAGAAGCAGUUCCGGCUGCAAUCCACGCGAGGGAAUUUGCUGCUGGAACAGGAGAGGCAGCGCAAUUUUGAGAAGCAGCGGGAGGAACUGGCCAAUGUGCAGAAAUUGCAGAGCCAGUUGAAGACUGAGCAGCAGCGCUGGGAACGAGACUGCGACCGCCAGCGGCGGCAGAUGGAGGUGGAGAAGAACCAGUUACAGGAGCGGGAGGAGGAGGCACGGCAGCUGACGGAGCGUCUGAACCAAGAACGGGAGGAGCUGGAGCGGCAGCGCGAGGCCUACCAGCAUGACUUGGAGAGGCUGCGGGAAUCCCAGCGAGCCGUUGAGAAGGAGCGGGAACGUCUGGAACAGCUGCGCAAGCUGAAGAAGCCGCAUCUAGUCUCGGGUGCCUUCUCGCCUGAGGCAGGCCAAGCGCAUGGCCUGAGCCACUCUGUCAGCUUCAAUGGAGACGGUAUGGAAGGGACCACGCUGCCUACAAAGCCAGGUGGACGAGCCAGCAUCACUGGGAUGGAAUACCCGGAGCGAGGAGAAUUGGUGCGAAAGGACAGUGCUGCAUUGGAGGGAGGCCGCCCCAUUCUGGUCCUCAAGAAUGAGGUGCCCAUCCACUUGUUGAGUACCACCAACCAGAGCCAAAAACAGGCAGCUGUGCAGCAGCAGAUCCCCACCAAGCUGGCCAUUCUGACCAAGGGCAGCAAGGAAAAAAGUGGAAAGGCUGUCAAGGUGACUUCCCACAGGACUGAAAGUUCAAGUGAUGUGAGGCCGUUCCCAGUUUCCAAGAUGGUUACCAAGGAAGAAUCUCAGUCUCGAAACAGACGUUCCGCAAGUCCCGUCUUUCUGCAUAGCCAGAAUGUUGCCUUCCUUCCAGAACUGGCUGGUGCUGCUGAGAGCAGCCAUCUGGAAGCACCACCUACCUCUGUUGGUCCCAUAAAGCCCAACAGCAUUCAUGUCCUUCCACCUGCCCUGGAUGACGCUAGCAAAGAUGAUGUUAUUUUUUUCUGA